CGCGACGCGCGCCCGGGGGAGCCGCGCGCGUCAGGAGUGGGGCGGGCUCUGUGGUGGCUGCGUUGGCAGCUGGCCACAAACACAGCUGUUUGGGGCUGAGGUGGCAGAUGGUAGCGGAGGCAAAGUCAGAGCGGGAGAAGAGUGAUGAAUGGACCAGCGAGACUUGCACACUUGGGCCGCCGCGAGCGAGUUCUCAAGUUAGGCGAGAGUUUCGAGAAGCAUCCGCGCUACGCCUUCCACACUGUACGCUAUGACUUCAAACCUGCUUCUAUUGACACUUCUUGUGAAGGACACCUUGAGGUUGGCAAAGGUGAACAGGUGACAAUAACUCUGCCAAAUAUAGAAGGUUCAACUACACCAGUAACCGUUUUCAAAGGUUCAAAGAAACCUUACUUAAAAGAAUGCAUUUUGAUUAUUAACCAUGAUACUGGAGAAUGUCGACUAGAAAAACUAAGCAGCAACAUCACUGUGAAAAAAACAAGAGUUGAAGGAGGCAGUAAAAUUCACCAUCAUGUAGAACAACAACAUCAACAAAUACAAAAUUCAACUAGGACUCCCAGUUUUAUAAAGCAUUCUCCAUCUGAAGAUAAGAUAGCCCCAACAUCACUAAUGGAUGACAUUGAAAGAGAGCUAAAGGCAGAAGCUAGUCUGAUGAACCAGAUGAGUAGUUGUGAUAGUUCAUCAAAUUCUUCAAGUUCAUCAUCAUCAAGUAGUGAGGACAGUUCUAGUGAAUCAGAUGGUGAAGAAGGCAGUACUUCUAAUCCAGGGAAUUGUAUCUCAGGACAACCUACCAUGUCUGCCAUACCACAGUACAGGACUUCUGAUACAGAUGCUGGCCAUGAGAGAUUUCAUGAUAACAGUGGCUUUCUGAUGAACACUCUACGUAAUGAUUUGCAGCUGAGUGACUCGGGAAGUGAUAGUGAUGACUGAAGAAAUAUUUACCUAUAAAUAUAACUUGUACAAGGCGUGUGUUUAUUUUGUAUUAAAAUAAAGACACCUAAGAGUAAGGGGACAAUAUGAUACUUUUUGGUGAUAAAAGAAAUUAAAUUUGAUUGAAACUUUUUAUUGAGUACCAGACUUGUGAUGUAUUAUCUUUAUUUAAUCUUAACAAAACAUUUAUGACAUUGAUAGAUACUGGUAAUUAGUUAAUAAGUAAAAGAUCAGGUUAUCUAGAGUCUAAGUUCAAUGCUCUAUCUUAACACACUGUUGUCUCCAAUUGUGAAACACCAAAACUGUUAAUUUAU